AUGACUACUUCUCAUAUGAAUGGACAUAUCACAGAAGAUUCUGACAAUGAAGCAAAAAAUGUGGAUCUUGUGUCUUCUGAGGACCCUCAGAAGCACAGAGAAAUGGCUGUUGACUGCCCUGGGGACUUGGGCUCCAGGAUGAUGCCCAUGCGGCGCAGCGCUCAACUAGAGCGAAUCCGUCAGCAGCAGGAGGACAUCAGGCGCAGACGAGAAGAAGAGGGAAGGAAACAAGAACUGGACCUUACUGCUUCUAUGAGGUUAAAGAAACUAGCACAAAUUCCUCCUAAAACUGGAAUAGAUAAUCCAAUAUUUGACACAGAAGAAGGAAUUGUUUUGGAGAGUCCUCAUUACGCUGUGAAAACACUAGAAGUGGAAGAACUGUUAAAUUCCCUUAAGCAUAUCCAGCACAUUUUGGUAGACCCCCAGAGUCAAGAGGAUAUCUCGCUCAUUUUACAGCUUGUUCAAAAUAGUGAUUUUCAGAAUGCAUUUAAGAUCCACAACGCUGUUACAGUGCACAUGAACAAAGCCAGCCCUCCGUAUCCUCUCAGCUCUAAUGCACAAGAACUAGCACAAGAGGUACAGAGUGUUUUGAAACCCAGCCACCACAAGGAUGGACAGGAGCUUAAUGCUUUGCUGAAUGCCCCUCACAUGCAGGCACUUCUACUGGCUCAUGAUAAGGUUGCAGAACAAGAAAUGCAACCAGAGCCUAUGGCAGAUGAAAAGAUUUAUGAGAAUGUUGGCAUGUAUGGAGGGGAGACGGUAAAAAUAGUUCGCAUUGAGAAAGCUCGGGAUAUUCCGUUGGGUGCUACUGUUCGCAAUGAAAUGGAUUCUGUUAUCAUCAGUCGAAUAGUCAAAGGAGGUGCUGCAGAGAAGAGUGGGUUAUUACAUGAAGGGGAUGAAGUUCUGGAGAUCAAUGGCAUUGAGAUCCGUGGAAAAGAUGUUAAUGAAGUUUUUGACUUGCUGGCUGACAUGCAUGGUACUCUCACCUUCGUAUUGAUUCCCAGUCAGCAGAGCAAGCCACCUCCUGCAAAGGAGACAGUUAUACACGUGAAAGCUCAUUUUGACUACGAUCCCUCUGAUGACCCUUACGUCCCCUGCCGAGAGUUAGGCCUGUCUUUUCAAAAAGGAGACAUACUCCAUGUGAUCAGUCAAGAAGAUCCAAACUGGUGGCAGGCUUACAGAGAUGGAGAUGAAGAUAACCAGCCACUGGCAGGACUUAUCCCUGGAAAAAGUUUUCAGCAACAAAGAGAAGCAAUGAAGCAAACCAUAGAAGAAGACAAGGAGCCUGAAAAAUCAGGAAAGCUCUGGUGCGCGAAGAAAAACAAAAAGAAACGGAAAAAAGUUUUAUACAACGCAAAUAAAAACGAUGAUUAUGACAACGAGGAAAUUCUGACCUACGAGGAGAUGUCACUGUACCAUCAGCCAGCAAACAGGAAACGUCCCAUUGUUCUGAUUGGCCCGCAGAACUGCGGCCAGAACGAGCUGCGGCAGAGGCUGAUGAAUAAUGAAGUGGAUCGCUUUGCCUCCGCCGUGCCCCAUACUACUCGGAAUAGGCGAGAGACUGAGGCAGCGGGCAGGGAUUAUCAUUUCGUGUCCCGACAGGCAUUUGAGAGUGACAUAGCUGCAGGGAAGUUCAUUGAAUAUGGAGAGUUUGAAAAGAACCUCUACGGUACGAGCAUAGACUCCGUGCGGCAGGUCAUCAACUCGGGCAAGAUAUGCCUUUUAAAUCUUCAUACCCAGUCACUGAAAACACUACGUAACUCUGACUUGAAGCCGUAUAUUAUAUUCGUUGCGCCACCUUCACAAGAGCGACUACGUGCUCUAUUGGCCAAAGAAGGGAAAAAUCCUAAGCCAGAAGAGCUGAGAGAAAUCAUAGAGAAGACAAGGGAGAUGGAACAGAACAAUGGCCACUACUUUGAUACAGCAAUUGUGAAUUCUGAUCUUGAUAAGGCGUAUCAAGAGUUACUUCGGUUAAUAAAUAAGCUCGACACAGAACCCCAGUGGGUGCCCUCCACCUGGCUACGAUGAGAGUAGUUCCAAGGGACAAAUGGACUUCAGUCUAGUUAUCUUUCCAAGCAGACCAUGUGUAGGUCUGUCCAAUUCUAGUAUAAAUGCAUGUAAGCUCUAGACCUCAGUGGCAGCAUCCUUUGCCAGUGAAAUUGCGUAUUACUAAAAAAAUACGCUGAUCAGCUUGUGAGCCAAUUUAACUGAUCUAAAGAUUGUCCAGGUUUUCUUUCUCUGUGGUCUAGAAAUGGAGACCAUAUCAGUACUAAAUUCUAAAGCUUUAGAGAGAUUUUUUCAAGCAACUACUUUUAUAGAUAUAAAAGUCCACCUUUUUAACUUAGAAUCACCCUUAGGACAAGGAUUUUAAGUGUGUUUGUGUGUGUGUGUAUAUAUAUAUAUAGUCCAUGCUGUCACAUAGUUAUAAAUAUGAAUGUUAUUUAACACUUAACUUAAUGACUUUGGGACAUGAUGCUAGUUCAGGAGCAUAAUUCUACAGGUCAUUGGACAAAGAAAUAAUCUACAUGUGAAAAAUGUCAAUGAGAAACCUCUCCUGUUCAAAAAAUAUAAAAAAUGAAGAUGCUGCU